UCCUGCCUCAGCCUCACAAGUUGCUGGAAUUACAGGCGUGCACUACCAUGCCCUUUGUUGUUUCAGUAUCUAAUAUAGGUCGCUACUUGUGCGUUUAAUUGUCAUGCCUUUUCCAACCUGUGGUUAUUUACCUAAUCCCAAAGUAUUACCAUGGUACUACCAUGGUAUUUAUAAAUAAAAUAGUAACUAUACAGUGGAAAAACUCAGCAGGUGCCACCUGAAGCAUACAAUCAACUACCAAUGUUAACAUUACUGGUAAUGAGACUUUGAUGUCAACUCCCCAUGAUGUAGGCCGAGGACACAUCACUUCUGGUGCUGGUGCCAGACGUGCAGUCUUGUCAAAGCGAAAUGUUGAGGGAUAUUGACAAAACUGACCAGUGUUCCUCACAAGUGUCCUGGUCCUGAAGGUCAGAAACUCAGAAUUUUUGGCAAGAAGAGGACCAGGUGAUGCAAAUGCACAUUAACGCUCAAGAAAGACCUCCGUGCCAGGAAAUAAAGGCCCAGAACCUUGUUUUGUGAGUUGGUGAGUAGGUGCUCAGGAGACAUUCUAGAUGAGUUUGCAAUGAUGGUUUUUUUAUUGAUGGCAUUCGGUAUGGCUUAUUUGUCUUUUUUCCUCAUAGUUGUCAUCUGUACUAUGUAAAUCACCCAACCUUAGUUCCAUAAGUAAAUUAAUUACAUGACACGGAAGUCUUUGACUUUUAAACAUUCAUGUAACUUACAGUACCCCUUCAGCUGCUGAAAUCCUGAAAAACAUUUUCUCUGGAAGAAAAUAUUCUUGGGGAGAAUAUAUACUGAGGAUCUCUACAAGAAUGUCCAGAUAAAAGCUUUAAAAAGUCCUCAUACGCAUGAGUGAAGUGCUAUCCUGUGUGGAUGGAAUAAGUCAGUGGAGCUUGGAACUGGCCCUGGAUCCCAGUGGAGGAGCUAGCGUCUCUGCAGCCUGGAGCCUGGAAAUAUUCUUGAAUUAAAAUAUAACGGAACAUUGACAUACACAAGCAGGUGACAGACACCCAGCGCCCUGUGAGCUGGACCCCUGCUUGCGGGCCGGCCCCUCUCUGCUCCUUCUGGAUGAUGUCAGAACAGGACCUAGCGGAUGUGGUUCAAAUCGCAGUGGAAGACCUGAGUCCUGAUCAUCCAGGUACAGAGCUGUGGGACAUUGUCCUGGAGAAUCAUGUAGUGACAGAUGAAGAUGAACCUGCUUUGAAACGCCAGCGGCUAGAAAUCAAUUGCCAGGAUCCCUCUAUAAAGUCUUUCCUGUACUCCAUAAACCAGACAAUAUGCUUACGGUUGGAUAGUAUUGAGGCCAAGCUGCAAGCCCUGGAAGCUACUUGCAAAUCGUUGGAGGAGAAGCUGGAUCUGGUCACCAACAAACAGCAUAGCCCUAUCCAGGUCCCCAUGGUGGCGGGCUCUCCACUUGGCGCCACUCAGACCUGCAACAAAGUGCGAUGCGUCGUCCCCCAGACUACAGUAAUACUCAACAAUGAUCGGCAGAACGCCAUUGUAGCCAAGAUGGAAGACCCCUUGAGCAACAGGGCACCGGAUUCCCUGGAAAAUAUCAUUAGCAACGCUGUUCCCGGGCGGCGGCAGAACACCAUCGUGGUGAAGGUGCCGGGACAGGACGACAGCCACUAUGAGGACGGGGAGAGCGGCUCGGAGGCCAGCGACUCUGUGUCCAGCUGCGGCCAGCCGGGGAGCCAGAGCAUCGGGAGCAACGUCACCCUCAUCACCUUGAACUCGGAAGAGGAUUACCCCAACGGCACCUGGCUGGGCGAUGAGAACAAUCCUGAGAUGAGGGUGCGCUGCGCCAUCAUCCCCUCUGACAUGCUGCACAUCAGCACCAACUGCCGAACGGCCGAGAAGAUGGCGCUCACGCUGCUGGACUACCUUUUCCACCGUGAGGUACAGGCCGUGUCCAACCUCUCCGGCCAGGGCAAACAUGGGAAGAAGCAGCUGGACCCGCUCACCAUCUAUGGGAUCCGGUGUCACCUUUUCUAUAAAUUUGGAAUCACGGAGUCUGACUGGUAUCGAAUCAAACAGAGCAUUGACUCCAAAUGCCGGACAGCAUGGCGGCGAAAACAGCGAGGCCAGAGCCUGGCGGUCAAGAGCUUCUCGCGCAGGACUCCGUCCUCGUCCUCGUACAGUGCCUCAGAGACCAUGCUGGGUACCCCACCACCCUCCAGUGAGCUCCAGCAGCCGCAGCCGCAGGCCCUGCACUACGCCCUGGCCAACGCACAGCAGGUGCAGAUCCACCAGAUUGGAGAGGACGGGCAGGUGCAAGUAAUCCCACAGGGCCACCUCCACAUCGCCCAGGUGCCUCAAGGGGAGCAGGUGCAGAUCACGCAGGACAGUGAGGGCAAUCUACAGAUCCACCACGUUGGCCAGGACGGGCAGGUGCUUCAGGGUGCUCAGCUGAUUGCCGUGGCCUCCUCAGACCCUGCCGCAGCCGGAGUGGACGGGUCCCCUCUCCAGGGUAGUGAUAUCCAGGUGCAGUACGUCCAGCUGGCACCAGUGAGUGACCACACGGCCACAGCACAGACGGCCGAGACCCUGCAGCCCACCCUGCAGCCUGAAAUGCAGCUUGAACAUGGAGCGAUCCAGAUACAGUGAGGCAGGAGGGACCAUCACAGCAGGACUGCACUGGCCUGGCUCAGCCGACGGCCUUGGUCUCCACGUGCCCUGUUCUCACUCUGACCUGGAAGCGACUGUGCGGAUUCUCUGUGGCGCAUCCAAAAGCCUCCUCCUGCACAGGGUGCCCUGGCUGUCCCUGCCAAGAGGGCCCUGGUUUGAGUCAUGCUGCUGGGUCCGGAAGGGGAGCACAGCACCGAACACGUUGAGCACACUUGGAAAGUCAAGAAUGACGACGUUUUGUUUAAACAGCUUUUUUUAAUUUGCUAUGGUGUUUAUAACAAAAAAGAAAAUCGGAAAAAAAAAAAAAAGAAAAACAGUGGCGUAACAGAAGGCUUUUGCUGUGUGCUCUUUUCAGCGCCAUGGAGACGUGUUUGCAAGAGACGGCUAGCGGUUUUGAUGGAAAGAUUGCUUACCUACUUUUCUAGGGGGAUGCUCUCCCACACACUGUAAUUAUGCAUUUUUAAUGAAAUAAAUUGUAUUUAUGACCAAGGCA